CUCAAAACCCGAAAAGCAUAAUUAAGAAAAAUUCUGUGAUUGCAAUUGCGGUUGGAACGAAAACCAGCACACAAGAGGGUUCCCAACGACCGAGUUUCAGAACCACUGUUCGACUGAAUAUGUAGUAGACAUGUAGAAACACACCUCUCCGAACGCAUGAGAUCCCGCAGCUGUACUACACGGAAUGGCAUGACAUAUAGACUGUCAAGUACUGUAACACGUUAUACAGGUUCUCGGUCGGCCAAGAAGUUUCAUUUAAGUGCAAAAGAAAGGGAAAAAAAAGAGAGAGAGGGAAUGGUGUAAUUGCUGUAACUCCGCCCGAAUCCAGCUGCUAGGGGAUUGGAAUCCACUCUAAACGCAGACCAGAGCUGCAGUGUCGAAUACGUACACACUGGUGCUGCGCUGUUGCUGCCCUGCUUUUCGCGACUGAUUAUUAUUUGAAUCUGUAAAUUUGUGGCUACAACCGGAGCGCUUGUCUCCGGACACCUCACCAGCUGAUGUGCCGACCAUGGCUUCGCCUGUACGCGCUCCUGGCGGGACUAGUAGCAUCAGGAGUGCUGCAGGUGGGAGGGAUCACGAUCUACACGUCGGGCGAGGUGGAGGCGGUGAACGGCACCGACGUCCGGCUGAAGUGCACCUUCAGUUCCAGCUCGCCCAUCCGGGCUUCCUCUGUCUACGUGGCCUGGAACUUCCGACCCCUGGGCCCCGGGCGCGAGGAGUCGGUGUUUUUCUAUCAAGACAAGCCCUACCCGCCCACGGAUGGGCGUUUCCGAAAGAAGGCGACGUGGGCGGGGGACAUCAUGGGCGGCGACGCUUCCAUCAUGCUGCGCGAGGUGAAGUUCACCUUCAACGGGACGUACAGCUGCCAGGUGAAGAACCCGCCGGACGUGCACGGGAUCGCCGGGGAGGUGGAGCUGAAGGUCGUCGCUUCAGCUUCCUACUCUGAGAUCGCCAUUCUGGCGGGCGCCGUAGCGGGCGCCAUCGGGGUGAUGAUGCUCAUCGCCGGCUUCAUACUCUGCGUCAAGCGCUGCCACAGGGCACGCCUGGAGGCGGACCCCGACCAGCCCCCCCGCGAGAGGAAGGACCCCACUCUGUGCCAUCCUGCGGAAGCAGUUCACCUGUACAUACAGAGUGACGUGGAGAUCGAGAUUGACAGCUCUGAUGGAGAGCUCUCUGAGGUGAGCUCCAAUGAGCCCAGUGAUUCAGACGACGAGGAAGACGACAGCUCGGGCGGCGAAGUGGAGGAUGAUGACGACUGACCCCAAAACUCCCUGACGGGGAGGGAGGGAGGAACCGCCGUCCUGGCAGCCGCAGAGAGGAGAAGCCGGACAGAGAGAACAGCCCUGGAUGGAGGGAGGGGAGAUCUAUCCUGUUUCUUUGGCGGAGUGUGCUUUCGAUGAUGAUGGUGGCAGACACUGAACUAAAAAAAAAAAAACAAAUGCAAAUGGCCGCAUUCAAAAACCACUGAAAAAUGAUAUUCCCCCCCCCCCCCCCUCCCCUUCAUUUUGUCCAGUUUCAUUAGUGCUGCCCUACUGCCUCAGUUGUACCGCUGCAAUUUGUGGCCAACCCAAAGUGAGAAACACUGCUUCCUACACGACAGGAGAGGUGCUGCGAUGAAUAUCCUGCAUCACCGGCCCUUUCACGACAAGCCAUGACAAGCCUACCGUAGCGCCUGGAGCCAUGUCGAGGAUGAAAACAUGCAAUUUGAUGUGAUUGUUUUAGAGGAUGAAAUACUGUACUCAACUGAGCCAUUCAAUGAGCCCAUUAACUGACAAGAAUCCGCCCAUUCGGUUCCACCGUAAGCCAGCCAUGGUUAGAGUCCUUCGGAAGAGCUGGCCUGCCCCCUAAAGGAAAGAUGAUGUCUUAGUGCUGAGAAACACAUGCAGGGCAGAGCAGGAAAAAAAAAAAGUUUGAAA